UAGGUAUGUAACAAUAGUAAAUGUAAAAAAAAACUUAAAUAAGUUAAUAUCGUUAAGUUAAUUUUUGAAAAAUGGCAUCAAACCGAAGGAAUCUACAAACACCUCAAAGCACUAGAAAAUCUAUAUUAGGUUUUGGAAGUGCAGCUGCUAAACUGAGACAACAAGAAACUGAAAAGCGGCAUUUGAGUUUUGGCACUGCUUCUCAAAGCGGUGCUGUUGGUAACAGAAGGUGGUCAACACAAGGAGCUCAUAAUUCGCAAGGAAAAGAUCAACGUCCAUUAAGUAAUCGAAAUUACCAAAAGCAAAUGAUAGAUGAAAUUCUUGAAUUGCUUAACAAUACUGGCUAUCCACAUUCCAUAUCUACUAAGAAUUUAUCUUCGCCCACAACAAAAGAUUUUUCAAAGGUGUUUGAGCAUUUAUAUGGUCUUAUUAAUGCAAACUUUGUAAUGGAUAAAAAGUUGGAAGAAGAAGUACCUAGGAUAUUAAAGUCUCUAGGUUAUCCGUUUCCAAUAGCUAAAAGUUCUUUGUUUUCUAUUGGCAGUUUACAUUCAUGGCCUCCUUUAUUGGGUGUCCUUCAUUGGAUGGUAGAGCUUAUCAAGACUAUUGAUAAAGUAAAUGUAGAAGAGAUUUUAUAUCCAGGAUUUGAUGAUGAGGCUGACCAACAAAAGAUUUUUUUGCAAUAUGCAUCUGACACCUACAGAGAUUUCUUAGUAGGAAAAGAAGAUUUUUCAAAAGAAGAACAAGCACUUUUAACUGCCUCUUUGACAAUGGCUGGAUGUUCUAUUGAAGACUACGAAUCUUUGAGCAACGAUGUCGAUGAAUUAAAAAAAGAGCUAGCUAAGCUCGAAUCAGAGCCAGAUGUUUUACAGGAUGCGAUUCGUGAAAAAAUGUUAAUUGAAGAAGGAAUCCAAGAAGAUGAGAUGACCAUUGAAAAAUUAGACCAAGAGUUGGUUGUUCUUAAACACCAAUCUGAGCAAUUAGAGGAGCAGAUGCAGGCUGAGUCUUUGAAGUACCGCCAAAAAAAAGGAAAUCCAGCCAAUCAAGCUGAACUUAAAACUAAAAGUUCUGAAGUUUGCAAUGAGUUACAAAAAUUAAAUAAUGAAAAAGAUCGUCUUGAGGAGGCGAAUCACGAAAGUGAAAUGCGUUUUUCUAAAAGUUAUGAUUUGGCAUUAGAUAUUCUAAAUAAAUAUAAUGACAUUGCAGAGGAGCUGACUUUUAAUCCACUUGUUCAAAAAGUAUUACAAGGAAAUUCAAUAAAGUUGCACUUUGAUCACAAGCAAAAUGAUUUAUCUUUAUUUAAUGGAAACAAAGACAAAGCUAAAAUAUUACUAACAAAUUUGAAAAAGAUAAUUGCAGAGGAGAAAUGUCAGUUAAAAUCUGAUAAAUCAGCUGAGGUGGAAAAGUUUGUUGAGUGCAGUGAACUGCUAAAACUAAAGCAGUAUGAGCUUGCAAGCUUACAAGCAACAUUAAAUAGUUUGAAAAAAGAAGAUACUGAUUGCUUUGAAAAAGAAUGUCUAAUGCAGUUGGAAAAAAUUCGCGAAGAAGAUCAAUUAUUAGAGAAUGAAGUAAAAAAAUUAGAUCAACUCCAUGAAUCCCUGGUUCAACAUCUUCUUCAACUUCGCAAAAGCUCAGAAGAAUCACUAAGUAGGAGAAAUCAAACAGAGGACGAUUUAGCAGACUAUAUUAUCGCAUUUCAUGAAAAGAUCGAAGAAGGAAAGAAAAAAGCAAAUAAAGAAUUUGAAGAUUUCAACCAACUUCUAUUGAAAGAAAAAACACAAAUGAUUCAUCAACUUAAAAGUUUAAAUUCGUUGGAGAUAGAUAAUGAAUAAUAAGUUAAGAAAUAAUUGGCAUAAAAACAAUAAAAUUUGAAAAAAUCUACUAAAUACA